GUUUCUAGUUUGAUGUGGCGCUACAACCUAAUAGAAGUUCUACAAGAAAUAGAAACACCUACGACGCCGCGUUAUUCAUCUUAUGUGAUGUGCCUGCACCCACUACACUCGCGUAGUGUAGCCUUACCUGCUUCGGUUGUAAUGCUUGACCUUCUUGAUUCAACAAAAUUUUGUAUCUCAUACCCUCCUUCGAUAUUUUCGGAAAAAGUACCAAAGCGGGCCAUUACAAGUACUUUCGGGUCUUCAAGAUUCCGAGCAACGGCUAUCCACAUUACUUAAAUUUCCCGUACGCCUUCGGAGAAAGAAAUGCUGUUUCUGCGUGAUGACAAUCCUAUUCAGCAUGGCAAGUGGUGGCACACAGCCCUAAGGUGGGAAGUUUGUCAUGCAUUUUUGUCAACGUCGACCUCGAUGCGUACGGGAAAUUUGUAUUGCAUAACAGCAAGCCCUUGCGAAUGGCGGGCCGGAAUAACGACGAAUUUCUCGGGAGGUGCCAGUACUGGUUUGGCCGGGACAGCGUAG